GCAAAGCGAGUCUUAAUCAACGGUCGCCGAAUCCGCGACCUUCCCAACCCCCUCGUUAACUCUUUCCCAAUCAAGAUCAAGUUUGCGAAAAGGGGAAAAAAUAGAUAAAACAAAAAAGAAUAAAGAAACCUAAGAGUUUCAACACAUUCCAAGGAUGAAGCAAGAUCCGGCGCCUUCUGCCGUGUCUUCGUCAGUUCCCCCUCGCCUCCCGACGCGGACGGACGCCGGAGCCCAGCAGUACUCGACGCCCCAACCAGCAGCCUCGUCUGAGCUAUGGGUCGUCGCAAGCGGAGUGGGCGGAGUCCCGUGGGCGUCGGGGCUCUGCUGUGGGCGGCGGCGACGGUGCUGAUGGUCGCCUCCGUGGCCGGGGCUGAGAAGUUCGUGUUUAGGUUCAAGGAGAAGGGCAGCUCCUUCUACCUGGUCAAGGGAUUCGCGCUCGCGACUCAUUAUGACGUCACCGUGCUGCCUUCCGCCUGCCACUGCCGCCGCCGCUGCGAGGUGACCCCCUCGUGCCACUCGGUGUCCAUUGUGCCGCGCGCCGCAGGGGGGGUGGAGUGCCGCACCUCCAGCAGGCCCGGAGACCUGAACCUCGCGUCGGAGCGGCCUGACCUCCUGCUGACCUCGGGCGCCACGCACUUCCUCCAGACAGAUCCGGGUAACUGGGAUGAGCCAGAGGUCGAUGGAAUGUUCUAUUACGUCCGAGCCUUUCCCUCUAACUCUCCUCGAUGCGAUUUUGGAUAUGAAUUUGCCACAGCCAAGUCGCUGACACAGUACGAGAUCUUCAAGAAGUUUUACGAUGUCUACAACACUCCCCUGUGGGUUGGCCUUCGUCUGCACAACGUCGUCAAUACCACCGACUACGAGCCGCGCUGGGAGAACUCGACCACGACCUCCCCCCUCGAGGAACUUCCCUACGACCAGUCUGGGCUCCCCGCGUCGGCUCUGCAUGCUGAUCAUGACGCUGAAUACUAUUUCUACUUGACCAAGACUGGCUCCGACUACGAGUUCCAUACCAGUGGUCCUUCCAACCGGUUCACUCUGUGUCAGGAUAACAGGUUACAGCUCAAGUGGCCUUGACUUUGACUGACUCUGGGAAUCUGUUCUUGCCUCGUGACAGGAGGAGGAGGCUCUGAACUGCUGCUGCCCAUGCCACGCGCACAGAACACUCACUCCUAUGCAGGAAGAUACAAAUCUUAAAUACACACAGAUAUACAUGUAAAUACACACACACACACAUACGUUUAUACAUAUAUAUAUGUAUGUAUAUAUGUAUGUGUGUGUGUUUGUGUGUGUGUGUGUUUGUGUGUGUGUGUGUGUGUGUGUGUAUUUGUUUAUCUAUUUACUUAUUUAUCUGUUUACAAAUAGCCAGGUAUCUGUAUGUGUAAGUGUAUCCGUGGGUAUGUGUGUGCGCAUAGCCGCUUUUGUGUCUAAUUAUAUAUUGAAAACACAGUAACGUGCACACAAAGAUGAAAUGGUAAACCGCCACAGUUUAUUUACUCGAUUGAUGAGUGAAUCCAGGGUAGUUCGAAACGUCACGAUUUAAUUUCAUUUUAUUUAAGCCUGUUCUCCUUUUCAC